AUGGCAAGCAUCAUUGUGACCGCAGCUGCACCAGCCAGUUCACCAGCUGAGAUACAGUCCCUGCCGAUUGCUUCUCAGCACGAUGAGGAAAAGGCCAGUCAAGCAGCUGCGACCGGUGAGCAGGGAACCAGAAAUGGUGCUUCCUCUGCCGACUCCGAAGAUGUUCACACUUUGCAACGAUGGAAUUCGCCCCCUAUCAACAAAUAUCGUACCGCGGCGACGUUUUGGUCUUUUGUGGUAGUAGGAAUGAACGACGGCUCAUAUGGUCUGGAAACCUACUACGAUCUAAAUCACACGGUGGUUUCUCUCAUCUUCCUUUCCCCUUUUGUGGGAUACGCCGUUGCAUCCGCCGUGAACAACCUCAUGCACGUUCACUUUGGUCAGAGAGGUGUAGCUUGUAUUGCUCCGUUAUGCCAUUUGAUUCCGUAUCUGACCUUCUCAUUUCAUCCGCCUUAUCCCGUUCUCGUUGCCCUAUUUGUCCUCGUAGGAAUGGGUAACGGAUUAGCAGAUGCCGCUUGGUGUUCCUUCAUAGGGCAAAUGGCGAACUCCCAUGAGAUGUCGGGCAUUUUACAGGCCUGCUACGCUCUCGGAGCCACCAUCGCUCCUCUGAUCGCCACAGCUCUCUCUGGUGAGGGUCAGCCGGGCUGGUUUGCGUUCUACUAUGUCAUGACUGCGGCCUCGGCAGUCGAACUCGUCACUUUAAUUGCUACAUUCUGGACCCAGACUGGCGCUGUGUACUUGGCUGAGAAUCCCACAGAGUCUGGAGGCAAGUCAGGCCGCACUCGUCAAGCGUUGAAGAACAAAUUAUCGUGGAUCUUUGCAUUCUUUGUUUUCGGAUAUUGCGGUGCUGAAGUUGCUCUUGGUGGAUGGAUAGUUGUCUUCAUGACUCGUAUCCGCGGCGCCACCUCGGUCACUGGCGGAGCAGUCGCAACCGGCUUUUGGGGCGGCAUGACGGUUGGUCGUCUCUUUCUGUCCUUGGUAACAAUUCGUCUUGGAGAAUUCUGGGCCAUGUUUGUUUACCUCGGCGUAACUAUUGCGUUCGAACUGGUGUUCUGGCUGGUGCCCAACCUAGUCGCGAGCGCAGUGGCGGCAGCACUGAUUGGUGUGGCCAUGGGCCCAAUGUAUCCAGUUGCAGUGGUUCUCAUCACCAAAGUCAUGCCUCGCUCACUUCAUGUCGGCACCAUUGGGUUCGCCGCCGCUUUUGGGGGUUCUGGCGGAGCGAUCUUGCCUUUUGCCGUGGGUGCCAUUGCACAGGCCAAGGGUGUUCAGACUCUUCAGCCGAUUGUGCUUGCCAUCUGUGUUGUACUUGGCCUUUUGUGGGUAUUGCUACCUCGCCAGCCAAGACAGAGCAAGGAAACGAGCGGAGAAGAUAGUUCAGGCCCUGCAUACGACACUUAG